GAUUCAGCAUGGCCAGCCUGCGGACUGUGCUCCUCGUAGCUCUCGUUCUUCUCGCUGUGGUCGUUCAGACGCCUGAUGCAGCUCCCUACGGUACCAACGUGGAAGACAGCAUCUGCUGCCAGGACUACAUGCGUCACCCCCUGCCAACACGUGUAGUGAAGGAGUACUUCUGGACCUCCAAGUCAUGCCGCAAGCCUGGCGUUGUUUUGAUAACCAUCAAGAACCGGGACAUCUGUGCCGACCCCAGGAUGCCCUGGGUGAAGAGACUUCUCCAUAAGCUGGCCUAG